CCGAGCCGAAACCUACUUCGGGCCCGGCCCUGUUGACAGCCCUAGUUCAUCGCAGACCGGACGCUGAAGUAGACGUUUCUUAAUUCGCUUACGCAGACAAACACGGCAUGAAAUCAAACGAUCCGAGGACUUGACUUUGACACAUUCUUCAGACAUGGCUACCGUGGGAGCUAACCACCAUUUUAUAUAACUUGUAGUGUCUCCCGAACCGUACACGUGGCAUACAAUCAUGUAAAUCCAUACGGUUCAAAUGUUAAGGGCUGGCUUCUGAUGAAAGAUAACUCAAAAGAUGACUCUGAUCUAACUCUUCCACCGAACUAAUUCACAGCUAUUGAAUGAGUAGUUGAAGCUAAAUUGGUCAGUGGUCCAAAUCUAACUAGUGAAAUCAGUUAAGAUCGUUUGUAUGGUGUGAACUUCUUGUUAUGCUUCAUCUAAAAUGGAGGCCAAGAAAACCCCACAACUCAUAAAAUAGUGGUGAACUAUCACCAUAGUCCAACUCUCCCGAUUUUUUAUUUUAUUUUUUUAUUAUUUUGUCUUGUUUUCUGUUUUGUUGGUCACCUGACUCUAUAUAUACCGUUUACAAUGAAAGAAGAAGUGAAAGAAAUAAACCCAGAGCAAAGCAAGAGAUACACAUCAUGGACAUCCAUUUCUUUCUAUUGCCGCUACUUUUUCUUGGGCCGUCAAUUGCUACCGAGCCCACUUCUAAUCCAUUGGUGACCGCUGAUUCCAUUGGAGCCAGUAACAGUACAUGUGUGUCUGUGGUAUUCCAUGACUUCUACUCAACUCCGGCCCACCAAUCGCAAACGUCAAUCAGCCCAUGUGAUUUGAAGAACAAAUGCGCAGGCGUUUUCUGGCUGGGAGCAUCCACAAACAUCUCUAAAGAUCAACUGCUUAGUAAGCAUUUACAGAUCGGCGUUCCAAUAAAAAAUGGAUUCAAAGAGUUCAUGAAGGUGGAGUAUAAUCCUAUGGGAAAACAGGUCGCGUCCAGUUUCCCUGUAGACGUUUUCCAGGCAGUAAUAGCGACGUUGCCCUACAACAUCUCUUAUGAAUUCAUCCCGUAUAUUGGCAACAGCGAUGCUCCGGGCUAUUAUGAUGAACUCGUUUCUCAAGUAUAUCUCAAGGAAUAUGAUGCAGUUGUGGGAGAUAUAUCAAUCACAGCAGCUAGAUCGGAUACUGUAGACUUCACAUAUCAGUAUAUGGAGGCUGGUGUAUCCAUGAUUGUACCGACGAAGGACAACAAUUCCAUGAGCCCAUGGUGGUUCAUGAAGCCACUAACCACGACUCUGUGGCUGACUACACUCGCUGUUGCGGUGCUGAAGGGGGUUCUGGUGUGGGUUUUUGAGCGUGAAAAGAACCAGGAAUUUCAAGGCUUACCCUCUGAAUUAAUCGGGAAGAUCCUCUCCUUCUCCUUCUCUACAUUCGUAUUCGCAACCCAUGAGAAGCUAGAAAGCAAUUAUUCCAGAUUCAUAGUGAACUUGUGGACAUUUCUAGUGUUUAUUCUAGUGACCGCCUAUGCUGCGAAUCUGACUUCAAUGCUAACCGUCGAAAAGUUGCAACCGACCAUCACAGAUGUAAGGUCCUUAAUCACAAACGGCGAUUACGUUGGGUACCAGAAUGGGUCGUUUGUGUUUGAGUUGUUAAGGAAUCUUGGCUUCAAUGAAUCAAAGCUCAAGCCUUAUUCAACUGUAGAACAGUAUGCACAUGCGUUGGAGCAUGGAAGUAGCAAUGGUGGCGUUUCCGCUAUCAUGGAUGAAAUCCCUUAUAUCAGAGUCUUCCUCAAGAGCCAUUGCCGCAAGUAUACCAUGGGUGGUCGGACUUACAGAACUGGCGGAUUCGGCUUUGUGUUUCCAAGAGGUUCGGCGAUGGUUCCUGAUAUCUCUAGGGCGGUCAUGAAUUUCAGCGAAGGAGAGAAGAUGUUCGAGAUGGAGAAGAAAUGGUUUGGGGACCAAACAACAUGUCCUGAAGCAGGAUCACCGAUUUCAAACAAGAGCCUGACCUUAUACAGCCUCCGCACCAUCUACAUUAUCACUGCGGUUGCUUCGGCCAUUGCACUCUCCGUCUACUUCAUUUGCCGCUCAUAUAAGCGCGGAUCAAUGGGCAUGUUGCGGAGCAAGACUAGGAUUACACCUGGACUGGAAACAAUCCCCAAACACGGUACGAGUCCUGAACUUCUGCCAUAUGGUUUUUCCAAUCCAAAUUAUUGAAAACCAAUUGGGUGGUGAGGAUCAUUGGCCCAAUGCAGAAAGAGGGCAUG